AAAUAAGUGCUGGCCAGCAACCAUAAUGGCUGUAGACAUGGUGUUUUUUUUCUGCACUGCUCUGGUCCUAUUCUCAGGUUUGGGACACUCUGCUUUCAUGGGGAAAAGUCACAGUGGAGGCAAAGAUGAUCCAGUGCUACAGUAUGUGGUCAACAACUCCUUAAGAGAAGACCCAGUACUCACCAAACUCAGACUGAAAACUCUUGAGGAUCGUUGGAGUCGUAUGAUGGUUGCAGCUGAAGAGGCUCAGUUAAUGGCGAACCUUAUCCGACUCAUCAAUGGAACCAAAGCGAUCGAAAUUGGGAUGUACACCGGGUACAAUGCACUGAGCAUGGCUUUAGCUAUGCCAGACAACGGACGUGUGGUUGCUUGUGAAAUUGAUCAGACCUACUUUGAUAUUGCUAAACCAUUUUUCAGAGAGGCCGGUGCUGAACAUAAGAUAGAGGUGCGAAUACAAGAGGCAGUUAAGACUCUUGACGAGCUGUUACUUGCUGGCGAAUCUGGGACCUAUGACUUUGUUUUUAUUGACGCUGACAAGAUCAAUUAUGACACAUAUUAUGAGAAGUCACUACAGCUGAUUCGGACCAAAGGGAUUAUUGCUAUUGACAAUGUGCUGUGGAGUGGGAGAGUCCUGAAUCCUGCUGAAGAUGAUGUCAGCUCCAAAGCUCUUGAUGCUCUGAAUAAGAAGCUGCAUAAGGACGAGAGGAUCGAUCUGAGCAUGCUCACUGUGGCCGACGGCCUCACCCUCGCCAUCAAAAAGCACUUACAGUAACAAGCACUAGACGUUACACACACAGAGUUACUGCUGUGUUUGCAAG